UGAUAACCCAGCGUUAAUGUCCAUUGCAGCUCGCACCGUUGAGGACCAUCGACAACCUGAAGAUGCCCAUAAACGCCGUCGUCUGUAAUCCCAUUGUCGCCCCAGUUAUUAGCGCUAUAUAUAGGAAAUAAUUCUUCACAGCUCUUAUCGCCCAGCCAGACAGACCCACAAAGCAAGCUGCUCCUCUUCGAAAAAAAGGGCCACUCGCGAUGUUAUGCUCUAGACCGCAACAUCCGCCUUUCUCUUCUGGUUUUUUUUUUUCCUCAAAACAAUGAAUGGAAUCUCUGGGCUUUUACUUCUGUUUCUCUCUCCUCGUUAACAGCAGCAAUACGUAUGUACAUAACUCUUCCUCAACUACAAGCUAUUCAUUUUCAUUUCUGUUGCGGUUUUGUUGUUAUUCUUUUGUUCUUUUCCUUUCCGCGAACCACAACCUCUUUUAUUUUUAUUUCACGUACGCACUUAAAAGCGUUUUUACAUGAUUUAUUCAACCAUUUAAAAGCUCAAUCCCCUCACACCCCAAAAAAAAAAAAAAAUUCAAGAACUUCGUACUUUUGCUUUCUUUAGAAGAGAAAAAAUUGUAGUAGAUUGCGCAUUUCAGUCAACAAAGAUUUACGAAACCGC